AUGUCACCGGCCACUGUGAUGGAAGACCCCAUUCACCACUCGCAGGCCAACUUGAAAACCGAGAGACCAGGAGCAACCCCAUCUAUCCCGCCGGAUUUGACCUCAUCGUGGCGGCAAGACGUGCACUUUCUAGGCGACAAAGAUGGCAAAGUCGAGCUCCGCAGCCCUCCAACGUUCAAUAAUAUCAGCGACACCCGCACACACCUGAAGCAGCACCUGGCCGCCGCCUUCAGGGUUUUCGCCAGACAGGGCUUCAACGAGGGUCAUUCGCCAUCCACCGCGCCAUCUACCACGCCCGACCCGGACCUCAAUGCCGCGUGCCACGCGCACAGUGUCUACGGGAAGGCCUUUAGCUGCUUUGGCCGGCCGAUCGAGAUGCUCCACCAAGACGCGCUGCGAUUUUACAACGACCUCGCGGUGUAUCCGCGCUACGGCGGCACGGUGCUCACGACCGAGGAAGGAGACCGGAUCGCGGCAGCCCUAGGGCCAACCUGCCGCAGCGUGAUUCUACAGAACCAUGGCAUGAUUACCUGUGGGAGGACGGUUGACGAGGCGGCGUUCUUGUUUAUUACGUUGGAUCGAUGCUGCCACGCGCAGCUGCUUGCGAAUGCAGCUGUGUGUCCGGGGUUCGAGAAAAAGUAUAUUCCAGACGAGCAGGCGGAGUUUGGGCAUAGGAGGAGUGGUAACGCAAAUAAGAUGUGGCUAGCCUUUCAGCCAUAUUAUGAGCAGGUGGUGAAGGAGGAGCCGGGUUUGUUGCUGUAA